UCGAACUGCUUCCGUGUUCCGCGCGCAGCUUCCGGCAGCUGUGAGUUGUCGAAUCUCUCAGAAGCGCAGCAGCAGAGCUUCAUCCUCCUCCUCCUCUUCAUCAUGCGCUGGUUCGAGGGCUCGAUCCCGGCGGCCAUCGCGGCAGCUAAAGAGCGCAGAUGCGUGUUUGUGGUGGUGAUCACAGGGAAUGACGAUCAGUCCGCUCAGCUGAUGUCCGGUUGGGAGUCGGUCAGUGUGUCUGAAGCGGCUCAGAACUGCUGUGUUGCCAUUCGAGUGGACGCUCAGAGUGAAGCGUGUGUCCAGUUCUCUCAGAUCUAUCCGGUGGUGUGCAUCCCGUCCAGCUUCUUCAUCGGCGAGAACGGCGUUCCUCUGGAGGUGAUCGCAGGCAGCGUGACGGAGGACGAGCUCCAGCGCAGGAUCAGCAGAGUCACGCAGAUGCACACGCAGCAGAUUGAAGGCGCAGAGAUGAACGCAGAGGAAGCUGAUCACGGCUCUGCCUCGUCUAAAGAAUCCCUGUCUGUGCCGCUGGAGGAAGACCGAGCGUCGGGUCACGUGACUCCAGCUGAAGAUGAAGGCCUGCCGUCAGAAGACCAGGCCCAGGAUGACAAGGUGGAGAGAUUAACAAAGAAGCUGGAGGAAAGACGUGAGCAGAAGAAGAAAGCAGAAGAAGAGGUGCAGCUGAAGAAGGAGGUGGAGAGGCGUAAGACGGGGAAGGAGAUGCUGGACUUCAAGAAGAAGCAGGAGGAGGACAAGACCAAGCGUCUGCUGGAGGAGAGGAGUCGAGAGAAGGCCGAGGAGCGAGCGGCUAGAGAGCGGGUCAAGCAGCAGAUCGCUCUGGACCGCGCUGACAGAGCGGCCCGUUACGCUCAGAGCCAGCAGGACUCGGAGGCGACCCGACUAGCAGCGCUGCAGGCCAAGAGAGACGCUGAGAGAGACGGCGCGCAGCGAGAGAGGAGUGCGGUUGCUAGGAUACAGUUCCGUCUGCCUGACGGCUCGUCCUUCACGAACCAGUUCCCAUCAGAGACGCGCCUGCUGGAGGCCCGACAGUUUGCUGCUCAGGAGGUUGGGAACCGAUACGGUCAGUUUUCACUGGCCACUAUGUUCCCCAGGAGAGAGUUUACAGCUGAAGAUCUGGAGAAAUCACUGCUGGAGCUGGAACUGACCCCCGGCGCCUCCAUCGUACUGCUUCCUGUGAGAGACACACACACAUUAACAAAGAAGCUGGAGGAAAGACGUGAGCAGAAGAAGAAAGCAGAAGAAGAGGUGCAGCUGAAGAAGGAGGUGGAGAGGCGUAAGACGGGGAAGGAGAUGCUGGACUUCAAGAAGAAGCAGGAGGAGGACAAGACCAAGCGUCUGCUGGAGGAGAGGAGUCGAGAGAAGGCCGAGGAGCGAGCGGCUAGAGAGCGGGUCAAGCAGCAGAUCGCUCUGGACCGCGCUGACAGAGCGGCCCGUUACGCUCAGAGCCAGCAGGACUCGGAGGCGACCCGACUAGCAGCGCUGCAGGCCAAGAGAGACGCUGAGAGAGACGGCGCGCAGCGAGAGAGGAGUGCGGUUGCUAGGAUACAGUUCCGUCUGCCUGACGGCUCGUCCUUCACGAACCAGUUCCCAUCAGAGACGCGCCUGCUGGAGGCCCGACAGUUUGCUGCUCAGGAGGUUGGGAACCGAUACGGUCAGUUUUCACUGGCCACUAUGUUCCCCAGGAGAGAGUUUACAGCUGAAGAUCUGGAGAAAUCACUGCUGGAGCUGGAACUGACCCCCGGCGCCUCCAUCGUACUGCUUCCUCAGUCCAGCCGCCCGUCCAACACUGUGGUGCACUCAUCUGCGGGCGGCGGCGUCUGGGCCAUGCUGGGGUCGCUGCUGUACCCGCUGCUGGCCGUCUGGAGGUUCAUCAGUGGCUUCCUGUUCAGCAGCCCUCCUCCACCUGCUGCCGCCCAGAACCAACACACGACAAACGCGUACGGCUCUAGCGCUGCCGCAGAACCAAAGAGGUGUGUCUGUGACCUCACUGUGAUUUCAGUUACCUCACCGUGACCUCACCGUUACUCC